AUGUCGAUCGCUGGGUCAGUCUUGACCGCUUCACGAUGCGAUACUUUUGUGUGGAGCAUGAGCGUGGCAACGCUGCAGACGCAGCUGAGCGAAGCAAGGACAGCGACAUCCGAGCUAGACGGUCCCUCCGUUUACUCGCCAGAUUUUGACGCGGGACGAUGGAAGAUGAGGAUAAGUCUCCUCAGCGACGAAGGGGCAGGUUCGCAGUCCUGCGACUUCUUCCUUUGUCCGACUGCAUCACUGGCGCAGAAGAUUACCCUGAGCUACAACUUGCAGUUCCGUACGGACGUGCCAAACAGUCCAAAGGUCUGGUCGGAUGAGUCGUGCGACUGCGGCGAGUAUGUACCAGACGGCCAGGGCUGGGGUUUCGGCUCCGCGAACUUGGUCAUCUCGAUCACUCUGCACGAGGGCAACUCAUCGUCGCCUACACGGAUUCCGCUCGCGCUCUUCAACAGCUCGCGCUAUGGCGACGUCGCUUUUCACCUUCCCGGUAUCGAUGCUUGGAUCUUCUCCUUGAAGCCCAUCCUCAUCGAGAAGUCUGCUCAUCUGCGAACCUUGCUUUCAUCCGACUUUGCGGAAGGCUCCGCCGACACCGUUCUCGAACGAGACUUCGCUCGCGAGCUCCCGUCGAAUCUGCAUGCGGGCGACCUCGACGAGUUUGCAGAACUGGCUUUGCUGCACGAGUCGAUGGCAGCCGACGAAGAAGUUAGCCUGAUGAAGGACGUUCAGUCGGGUGAUGCAGACGAAGCGGCGCCAACUCCCUCAGCGAACGCAGUCUCCGAGCCUCACAGCCCCGUCGAGUUGCUCGACUCAUCGGCCACUCGUGCCUCGAGCAGACGUUCCAACGCUACAGCUCAAUACCAUCGCGUCGAGGUGGCAGACUGCAGCUACUCGACCUUCUUCUCGUACCUGUACUGGAUCUAUUACGACGAGAUUUCCUUCGCCCCUUCCCGCGCACGGGCAGCAUCGAUGAUGCUCCUCCUUGCGACCCGCGCGCUCUCUACCGUCUCGCGGACCGCUACCUCCAAUGACUUGCGCGACGCGGCCAAAAACUUCAUCGUCGAAAGCCUGACUCCCGAGACCGCCGCCUACGAAGCCUUUUCCUCGCUCGGCCGGACCUACACAGACGUGCAAGACAAAAUCGUCAACUACAUUGUCAAGAACCUCGACGACGUACGCAAGUCGGCCGGCUGGACUCGCGCGCUUGAGCUAAUGAAAGACGAGCACCUCGUCGGCGGCUCGGUCAUCCUCAACAAGGUUCUCGAGGGUGUUGUGGCAGCGCAAGAGGCGAAGAAGUAG